AUCCUCGAUGAACUACAGAGUCGAAAUGAAGCGCUAUUCUAUCGAGUUUUGCACGACAACAUUAAGGAACUAAUGCCAAUUGUGUACACACCAACAGUAGGCUUAGCUUGCCAGAACUAUGGCGAUAUCUAUCGCUUUCCAAAGGGAGUGUACCUCACUAUCAAUGAUAACAGCAUCACUAAAAUUUACCGAAUACUCAGUAGUUGGCCUGUUUCAGACAUAAGGGCCAUUGUUGUCACUGAUGGUGAGAGGAUCCUGGGCCUUGGUGACCUUGGAGCCCAUGGAAUGGGAAUUCCAGUGGGAAAACUUGCCCUAUAUACUGCAUUGGGGGGAAUGAGAUCCAAAUGGUGUCUACCGGUGUUAUUAGACGCUGGUACUAAUAAUGAGAAAAACCUCAAAGAUCCGCUAUAUCUUGGGAUUCGACGAAAGCGAGUCAGAGGAGAGGAAUACGAUCGUUUUGUUGAUAAUUUCAUGAAGGCCGUGGUUAAACGCUUUGGACCAAAUACUCUUGUACAGUUUGAGGAUUUUGCAUUUCAAAACGCCUUCAGAUUACUGGAUAAGUAUAGGGAAGAUUACAACACAUUCAACGACGAUAUUCAAGGAACGGCUGCAAUAAUCCUUUCUGGAUUACUAGCAAGUACCCGCAUAACGAAGAAAAAACUUUGCGAACAAAAAUUUGUUUUUCAUGGAGCUGGAGCGGCUGGAUUAGGGAUAGCAGAGUUUUUGGUGGAGUAUAUGAAAGAGGAAGGUGUGACAGAAGAGCAAGCUUGUAGUAUGAUCUAUAUGAAUGACAAAGAAGGACUGGUAACUAAGAAACGUGCCCAGAAUAUGACUCCUAGGCAUAUGAGAUUUGGAAAGGUUCGUGAAAUUUCAGGUUUCGCUUAUAAGUCUUGCCGCCCAUACUGUAAGGAUAAGGUUCUUUUGCAGGACAUGCCAGAAAUGAAAGGUCUUGCU